GAGAUGGGAUUGGAACCCGGGUCUUCCCAAGCCACGGGCCAUGGUAUGCCCUAUUGUUUCAGUCUGCCUUCCAAAAUGCCAGCACCCUUGCUGUUACUUAUUUCUCGUAGGCAAUCUGACUUUUCCUUUCCACUUUGCAUUGAAAGAAUACUCCUUCCCCCAAUGCAGAGGUUUCUAGUUCUCUUGGCUUGUCCUGAUCUCCCUGCUAAUGCUAGAAAUGGACAGUAAUAUCUUCUGUGUGUUGAGUGCUUACAUAUGCUAGGAAUCAUCUACCUUAAAAGCCUUCCAGCUGGGUGUGGUGGUGUACACGUGUAAUCCCAGCAACUCAGGAGGGGAGACAGGAGAAUAGAGGUCCAGGUCAACUCAGGGAAAAAUGAGACCCUAUCUGAAAAGUAACUAAAAAAGGGAUGGGGCAUGGAUCCUCUUGACAACUUUGUCAUGACAUGCUUUGUCAUCUGUUUGUAGUGAGGACAUGGAGGCAGAGGGCUUCAGUAACUUGCUUGUGGCCACACAGCAAGAAAGUACAGGGCAUUCUGGUUCAAGUCCCACCCAAUCACUCUGGGUCUCCCCUCUCCCCACCUGCCAGAGAUGGAGGCAAACCCAGCAGGCAGCGGCGCCGGGGGUGGCGGGAGCAGCGGCAUUGGGGGCGAGGACGGGGUCCACUUCCAGAGCUACCCCUUUGACUUCCUGGAAUUCCUCAACCACCAGCGCUUCGAGCCCAUGGAACUGUACGGGGAGCAUGCCAAGGCGGUGGCGGCCCUGCCCUGCGCCCCCGGACCCCCGCCUCAGCCCCCACCCCAGCCCCCUCCACCCCAAUAUGACUAUCCGCCCCAGUCUACCUUCAAACCCAAGGCAGAGGCACCUUCCUCAUCUUCCUCCUCUUCGUCGUCCUCCUCUUCCUCAUCCUCCUCCUCUUCCUCUUCGUCGUCCUCUUCCCAAGCCAAGAAACCCGAUCCGCCCCUGCCACCUGCUUUCGGGGCGCCCCCUCCUCCGCUUUUUGAUGCUGCCUUCCCUGCUCCGCAGUGGGGCAUCGUGGAUCUCUCAGGACACCAGCACCUGUUUGGGAACCUGAAACGUGGCGGACCAGCCGCUGGGCCUGGAGUGGCUCCGGGACUGGGUGCUCCCACUGGGGCAGCCGGGCCACUUCCUGCCCCCGCGCAGACCCCGCCUGGACCCACCGCUGGGGCGACCUGCGAUCCGACCAAGGACGACAAGGGUUACUUCCGCAGGCUGAAGUACCUGAUGGAGCGGCGCUUCCCCUGCGGCGUGUGCCAGAAGUCCUUCAAGCAGUCCUCGCACCUAGUUCAGCACAUGCUGGUGCACUCAGGAGAGAGACCGUAUGAGUGCGGCGUCUGCGGCCGUACCUACAACCAUGUCUCCAGCCUCAUCCGCCACCGCCGCUGCCACAAGGACAUGCCACCAGCGGCUGGGGUCCCGCCGCCACCCGGAACCCCGCUCCCUCCGCUGGGCCUCCCCAUACCGACGGCCAAUGCCACCACCGCGGCCGUCCCUACCACAGUUUCCUCUGGUCCCUCUGCCACACCAUCGGCUCCUGCCACCUCCGCGGAUGGCAACUCUGCACCCGCUGCCCCUGCUGGUGUUGGCGUGCCACCUCCAUCCACUGCGGGGGGCGAGGGCCCGUUUGCCUGCCCGCUCUGCUGGAAGGUCUUCAAGAAGCCCAGCCACCUGCACCAGCACCAGAUCAUCCACACAGGCGAGAAACCCUUCUCCUGCUCCGUAUGCAGCAAAAGCUUCAAUCGCAGGGAGAGCCUCAAGCGGCACGUGAAGACGCACUCCGCAGACCUCCUGCGCCUGCCCUGCGGCAUCUGCGGCAAGGCGUUCCGCGACGCCUCCUACCUCCUCAAGCACCAGGCGGCCCACGCGGGGGCGGGGGCUGGGGGCCCCCGGCCCGUAUACCCCUGCGACCUGUGCGGCAAGACCUACUCGGCGCCGCAGAGCCUGCUGCGGCACAAGGCUGCCCACGCGCCGCCUGCUGCCUCAGAGGCGGCCAAGGACGGGGCUGCCGUGGUACCGCAGCCUCCACCCUCCUUUCCCCCGGGUCCCUACCUGCUGCCCCCGGACCCGCCCGCCACAGACAGCGAGAAGGCGGCGGCGGCCGCAGCAGCGGUGGUGUAUGGGGCCGUGCCAGUCCCCCUUCUGGGUGCCCACCCGCUGCUGCUCGGUGGGGCCGGUACCAGCGGGGCUGGAGGCUCGGGCGCCAGCGUCCCGGGCAAGACGUUCUGCUGCGGCAUCUGUGGGCGUGGCUUCGGGCGCCGCGAGACCUUGAAGCGUCACGAGCGCAUCCACACCGGCGAGAAGCCCCACCAGUGUCCGGUAUGCGGAAAGCGCUUCCGCGAGUCCUUUCACCUGAGCAAGCACCACGUGGUGCACACCCGUGAGCGCCCCUACAAGUGCGAGCUCUGUGGCAAGGUCUUCGGCUACCCGCAGAGCCUCACCCGCCACCGCCAGGUGCAUCGGCUUCAGCUGCCCUGCGCCCUGGCAGGGUCCACUGGCCUCCCCACCACCCAGGGUGGGACAGGGGCCUGUGGCCCUGGAGCUUCCGCCACGUCUGCCGGGCCAGCCGAUGGACUGAGCUAUGCCUGCUCGGACUGUGGGGAGCACUUCCCAGAUCUCUUUCACGUCAUGAGCCACAAGGAAGCCCACAUGUCGGAGAAGCCAUAUGGCUGCGACGCUUGCGGUAAGACCUUCGGCUUCAUCGAGAACCUCAUGUGGCAUAAGCUGGUUCACCAGGCUGCCCCGGAGCGCCUGCUCGCGCCGACGCCAGGCGGCCCCCAGGCCUCGGAUGGCUCCAGCGGCACCGACGCCGCCAGCGUGCUGGACAACGGGUUGGCUGGAGAAGUCGGAGCGGCUGUGGCGGCGCUAGCCGGGGUGUCUGGGGGUGAGGACGCAGGCGGGGCGAUGGUGACUGGGGCCAGUGGGGCUGCUAAUUCAGGUCCUGAGCGCUUCAGCUGUGCCACGUGCGGCCAGAGCUUUAAGCAUUUCCUGGGCCUGGUGACUCAUAAAUACGUGCACCUGGUGCGCCGGACCUUGGGCUGUGGCCUCUGCGGACAGAGCUUUGCAGGUGCCUACGACCUGCUCCUGCACCGCCGAAGCCACCGGCAGAAGCGGGGCUUCCGCUGCCCUGUGUGCGGGAAGCGCUUCUGGGAGGCAGCCCUAUUAAUGCGCCACCAGCGCUGCCACACGGAGCAGAGGCCCUACCGGUGUGGUGUGUGCGGCAGAGGAUUCCUGCGCUCUUGGUACCUGCGGCAGCACCGCGUGGUGCACACGGGUGAACGAGCCUUCAAGUGCGGUGUGUGCGCCAAGCGUUUUGCUCAGUCUUCCAGCCUGGCGGAGCACCGGCGGCUGCAUGCGGUGGCCCGGCCUCAGCGCUGUGGCGCCUGUGGCAAAACCUUCCGCUACCGCUCCAACUUGCUGGAGCACCAGCGGCUGCACCUGGGCGAACGCGCCUACCGGUGUGAGCACUGCGGCAAAGGUUUCUUCUACCUAAGCUCCGUGCUACGUCACCAGCGCGCUCACGAGCCGCCGCGGCCCGAGCUGCGCUGUCCUGCCUGCCUCAAGGCCUUCAAGGAUCCCGGCUAUUUCCGUAAGCACCUGGCAGCCCAUCAAGGUGGCAGGCCCUUCCGCUGCUCCUCCUGUGGGGAGGGUUUCGCCAACACCUACGGCCUAAAGAAACACCGCCUGGUGCACAAGGCCGAGGGUCUUGGGGGGACUGGAACAGGGGCAAAUGCCUUGGCGGGGAAGGACCCCUGACUAAGGGCCUUCUAUCUCUAACUCCAAUCAGAUAUUCCCUUCUGGACUUUCCCUCCUGGAGCUGCUGAUCAGACACUCCCACUCCCCCUCCUGUCGCCCCAUCCUUCAGAACUUCAGGGCCCAUGCCCUACAAACUCAAGACUGAACCACUCCCAUCCUGGACCUCUCAGUUCCUUCAUCCUGGCAGACACUGAACUUGAUCCUCUGUCCCACCCUCUUUCAUAACCCUCAUCAGCCACCCCAGCAGCAUUCUGGUCCCGUUGAACUUUUUGAUGGAGAUGGGUCUGAGUUGCCCCCUUCCUUUUGAGUAUGGCUGGACAGUGAAAUAAGAGGGAGCAGAGUUGGGAGGGCCCGUGGUGGGGGUCUGGGUGCUCUUGGAUUGUG